ACGGAACGAAGUUUGGAAGAAGUGAGCCGCUGCCGAGAGCUCAGAAAGUUUGUUUUUCCUUCGCAGCCGGGGAGCUGGGAGAGCCGAAAGCGGGGACUGCUUGAGGACGGCGCUGGCGCAUGUGUCCCUCGGGACUGAUCUCCCUUUCCUUGCAGGUUUUAAGACCCGGAGGAUACAAUGUUCACUAAACUCUUCCAGCAGUGGAGUUUCGCAGUGUUUCUGCUGAGUUAUUCCGUGCCCUCUUACGGCAGAUCAGUAGAGGGGAUCAGCCGCAGACUCAAACGUGCUGUAUCAGAGCACCAGCUAUUGCAUGACAAGGGCAAGUCAAUCCAAGACUUACGAAGAAGAAUAUUCCUUCAAAAUUUAAUUGAAGGUGUCAAUACUGCAGAAAUCCGUGCAACUUCAGAGGUUUCACCUAACCCUAAGCCUGCUACUAACACGAAGAACUACCCUGUCCGAUUUGGUAGUGAAGAUGAGGGCAGAUACCUAACGCAGGAGACAAACAAAUCACAGACCUACAAGGAGCAGCCCCUGAAGGUAUCGGGGAAGAAAAAGAAAGCAAAGCCGGGAAAACGUAAGGAACAAGAGAAGAAAAAGAGGCGAGCCCGCUCAGCUUGGCUAAAUUCUGGCAUGUAUGGAAGCAGCGUGACCGAGAGCCCACUCUUGGAGAACUCUGUUACUACACAUAAUCACACUUUAAGGAGGCGCUGACAUUUUCAGCAAGAUAUUUUUGGAAGACAUAUUGCAGUAUUCUGUAAUAGUGAACAUAUGGGAAGUAUUAAAAUAUUUAUUACCUGUAAAUAUUGUAAAUGCUCAGAAUAAAACCUUUUUCCCCCAUUGC